AUGAUUUAUUUUGAACAAAAAAACCUGGUUUGUUAUCAUGAUUUAACUUACCAUGUUUUUAUCAUCUUUGAUUUUCUUCAAACAUUGAUAGCGGUUGUAACAGGAAAACAUGCUAUUAUUGAAUAUGGAGGUGAAUCAAUAUCCGGAUAUUUUAGUGAAGACAACAUUAAAGUCGGAGAUAUAGUUAUCGAGGAUCAGGAGUUCAUUGAGGCAACUAGGGAGCCAGGGAUUACAUUUUUAGGGGGGAAGUUUGAUGGUAUCCUUGGGCUUGGAUUCAAAGAGAACUCAAUUGAUAAUUCUAUCCCAGUAUGGCUGGUUGGAGUGGGCUUGGCAACCCAAUCAGCAACCUCGACGAACACCUGGUCGAGGACUCGGCAUGCGAGCUCGGCUCGAUAACCCGUUUGAAAAUUACCGAUGAGACAAAUCAUGGGGUUUGGGUAUUAUUUAGAGUUGGGAUCACUUGGUAUUCAUAGG